CCACGCCUAGUGAUUUGAAAAAUUGGCUCGAAAAUGGAAAUACAAGUUAGGCGUUAACUAAAGGGGAAAUAGCUUAUGUAUCUGUUGAAAACGAGUUCACGGGACACUGCUUGUUAUCAAACUUCGAAGCGGGACAAGUGACAAGCUGGUGGAAGGCAUCGACCGACGACGGUAGCGGUGGCUGAAGUAGCCGUACUGUGUACUGUUACCAUCUACGGCACUGCAGGGCGGGACUGUACGGAAAGCCGUAAGGCUUAAUGUAGUGCGAGCGGAAAAAGUCUAACCAUGGAAACUGUACAGAAUUUUGAGAAGGGACGAAUCAAGGCCUUGCAGGAUGAGCGGGUGUUUAUUCAGAAAAAGACCUUCACAAAAUGGGCCAAUUCAUUUCUGGAAAAGGCUCGACUGGAAAUCAAGGACUUAUUCCGUGACUUGGCUGAUGGGAAACUGCUCAUGAAACUGUUAGAAAUCAUAUCUGGAGAACAUUUGGGCAAACCAAACAAAGGCAUAUUGAGGGUACAGAAAGUGGAGAACGUGAACAGAUGCCUGGUGUUCCUUAGGUCAAAGGUACAUUUUGAGAACAUUGGAGCAGAGGACAUUGUAGAUGGCAAUCCUCGACUUAUCCUGGGUCUCAUCUGGACCAUUAUUUUACGCUUCCAAAUUCAAGAUAUUGUGGUUGAAGUGGAUGAGGAGGAUGAAGACAGUGAGAAGAAAUCUGCCAAAGAUGCUUUACUGCUGUGGUGCCAAAGAAAGACUGCUGGAUACCCAGGUGUUGAUGUCAAAAACUUCACAAGCAGCUGGAGGAACGGCCUGGCUUUUAAUGCACUUAUACAUGCCCACAGGCCUGACCUGAUCAACUAUGACGAAUUGGCUCCUGAAGAUCACAUAGGCAAUCUCAAUAAUGCUUUUGACGUUGCACAGGACAGACUUGGCAUUGCCAAGAUCCUGGAUCCUGAAGAUGUUGACGUAAAUAGGCCAGACGAGAAGAUCAUUGUGACCUAUGUGGCAUCUUACUACCAUUACUUUGCCAAGAUGAAGAGUGAGAAAACAGGAGGAAGGAGAAUAGCUAAGGUAAUGGCCCAGGUUAUGGAUGUAAGGAGAAUGCAGGAGGACUAUGAAGCGCUGACUACACAACUCCUCGAGUGGAUUAGACAGAAAAUCCAGGAGCUCAACAACAGACGAUUCCCAAACUCUCUGGAGGCCAUUCAGAAAGAGCUGAUCAAAUUUAAAGAUUAUAGAACCGUUGAAAAACCACCCAAAUACCGAGAAAAGGGCAACAUUGAGGCUCAGUACUUUAACAUUCAAGCCAAACUGAAAGCAAACGGUCAGAGAGCAUACAUUCCCCCUGAAGGUAUCUUGGUCCACGACAUUGAGAGCGCAUGGUCAAGCCUUGAGAAGGCAGAGCAUGGCCGGGAAGUAGCACUCAGGGAAGAAUUAAUCCGACAAGAACGACUUGAGCAGCUGGCUCAGAGGUUUAGGAGAAAGGCGGCAAUUCGUGAAUCCUGGCUGAACGACAUGUUCCAGAUUCUCCAGGAACAAAUUGUGUGCAAUAAUGCCGCACAGGCCGAGGCAAACAUUAAAAAACAUGAGGCAAUCAGUGCAGAGAUACUUGCAAGGGGUGACCGGUUUAAGACUCUAAAUGAACUAGCCAGUGAACUUGUGGAGGGUCACUAUCAUUCCAAGGAUAACAUUCAAAGAAAAAAUCAGCAAAUCAACCAACAAUGGCGGGAGUUAGUGGAGGAGCUAGAGAAGAGGAAGUUCUUGUUAUCUGGCUUUCAGAACCUGAUGGGCAUGUUCAGGGAGAUAGAGACCAUACAGGAUGAACUGAAAGAAGUCGAGACCAAAGUCAAAGUAGAGGACACAGGCAAACAUCUUCAGGCUACUGAGGAUUACCUCCAAAAACAUGGUUUGCUGGAGGCACAGCUCAAGGCGCUCACAAAGCGUGUGCGUAAUCUCAACAGGAAGUCUCAGCAACCAUCCCACCAGGAGAGCCCCAUUCUGAACAAGAACUUGAAAGACCUUAAUGAGCAGCUAGAUAGAAUAAAUGGGUUGAGCAACCAACGAAAGUCCAAGCUGGAAGAGGCCAGGUCGUAUUAUCAGUUUCUGCAGGACUCUGAGGAAGAAGAGCGGUGGGUCGUGGAGAAAAUUGACGAGGCGAAUUCCACAGAAGUGGGCAAAGAUCUCAACGCUGCUCUGCGUCUGCUGAAAAAACAGGAGGGAAUGGAAGCAGAAAUGGAAGGCCGCUGGCCCGUGACAGAACGGGUAUGCGAGACUGGACAAACACUUGUCAAGAAAAAUCACUGGGACAAAAAAGAGAUCGGACUGCGGAUGAGGAACCUCAAAGAUAAGUGGGCAGAGUUACGGGACCUAGCAAAGGCAAGACGUACAAGACUUGAGGAUGCCAUAGAAGCUCAACAGUAUUAUACAGAUGCUAAUGAAGCUGAAGCCUGGAUGAGAGAGAAGAUGCCAUUGGUCUGUAGUGAUGACUAUGGGCGGGAUGAAGCCAAUGCACAGGCAUUGCUGUCUCGUCAUUGUCGUCUGGAGGAAGAGAUCAAAGCCUUUGAUUCAGAAAUAAAACGACUUGAUGAGCUUGCCUCCCUGAUGACAAAAGCAGCCCAUGAGCAUAAUAUAUCCCCUAAGAAGUUCGCCCCAGCGGAAAAUGGCACAGUUCCAGAAGAAAAUGGUUUUGAUGAAGAAAUUGUGGAUGUUCCACAAGAAAUAGAGGUGGAAGAAACUGUGGAGAAAGAGGUCAUGAGAGAUGUCAUGGAAACAAAGCAGGUGCCGCAGGUCAAGGCCAUGUAUGCAUAUAAAGGUCAAGGAAUGAAGAUUGAUAAGGGGGAGGUACUGCUUUUACUACAGAAGACAAACGAAGAUUGGUGGCAGAUACAGAAACAAGAUGGCACGGAGGGCUUUGUCCCCGCAAAUUACGUCAAGGAGAUAGAGCCGCUUACUGUGAAGCGAGCUGUGAAAAAGGCGGUCAGAGUGCCUGAGAAAGUGAAAGUAAAGAAAACAGUAAUGAAGAAGGAAGUGGUGCAGGUUAAACGGGCACCUGUUAGGCGUGCACCCUCAGUGCGGUCAACAGGAAAUCUCCAUUAUGACAAAGACAAUGUGACCAGCCGUCAGCGUCAGUUGAACAAUACUUACCACAAGCUGGGUCGACUCUCACAGGCAAGAAAAAUCUCACUGGAAGAUGCCAUCAGACUGUUCAAGUUCUAUCGAGAUUGCGAUGAGUUUGACAUUUGGAUGAAAGAAAAGGAAAAGGCCUUGACGAGUAGAGAAAGUUUGACAGACAAUAUGGAUGCUGUUCGUAAAAAGUUUGAGAACCUUCUGACCAGCUUGGCUGCGAACAAAGGCCGUUUGGAUGACUUAAACAGUCUGGCUGAUGACAUCAUCAGCUCAGGUAGCAGUCAGACAGAUCAGGUGAAAAAGCGACAGAAGGAGAUCAAUGACAGGUGGAACCAUCUCAACAAAUUAAAGUUGGAGAAAGAAAAAUCUCUGAAAGGAGCAUCCAGCAUUGAGUUGUUUCAGUCUACGUGUGACGAGCUUCAAGACUGGAUCCGAGAAAAGGACAGUGGCAUGAAUAACGAUGACAUCGGCAAAGAUCUCAAGCAUAACGAGCUACUUAAGCGCAAACACGCUAAUCUGGAGAGAGAACUUGUGCCUGUGGAAGAGAAAAUGAAACGCAUGAACUACUUGGCUGACUCAGUGAAGGGGUCAUACCCAGAUGAGAGGGGUUAUGUGGAUGACAGGCAGAAAGACAUUAUGGAUAUGUGGAAAGCCUUGCAGGACAAAGCAGCAGCAAGAAAGGCACAGCUUGAUGGAGCUAAUGAUAUCUAUCAAUUCCACGAUGAUUCAAAAGACUUGCUGUCCUGGUCAGCCAGUGUCAAAGCGGAACUGUCCAGUGGAGAUUUACCCCGAGAUGUCCAAUCAGCCGAGGCCAUGCUAAAGGAGCUCCAGGAUUUGGGAGAUGAUAUUAAAGCACAUAAAGACAAAUUUGCCAAAGCUCGAGCACUUGGCCGACAAAUUCUGAAAAAUGAUCCCAAUGCCAAGGGCGUACAGGAGAAACUCCAGAAGUUGCGAGAUGAAGAGAAGGCGCUCAAUGACAUGUGGGACAAAAGAAAUAAACAGCUUCAGGAUGCUUACAAUCUCCAGGUUUUCAACAAAGAGGCAGAUCAGAUUGAUUCUGUAACAAGCAGUCAAGAAGCGUUUUUAGAGUUCGGUGACUUGGGAAGCACUGUGGAUGGUGUGGAGAUGUUGUUGAAGAGGCAUGAUGACUUCGAGCGAAAUCUGCUGGCGCAAGACGAGAAAGUGAAAGCUCUUAAUGAGCUGGCAGACAAAUUGGUGUCAGACGGACAUCCAAGCAGUGAACACAUUGACCAAAGACGCCAGAAGAUAAAUGAAAGGCGUCAGAAGGUUAAAGAUAAGGCGGCAGACCGUCAAAAAGCUUUGAAAGACUCGCUGGAAUACCAGGAAUUCAAGCGUGAUGCGGAUGAGCUUUCCUCGUGGAUGAAUGAGAAGUAUAAAACAGCAACUGAUGAGUCAUACCGAGACUUAACAAAUCUCCAGGACAAGUUACAGAAACAUCAGGCUUUUGAAGCAGAGUUAAAAGCUAACAACGAAGGUCUAAAACAAUUAAAUGAGGCUGGCAAAGAGAUGAUUAAAAACAAGCAUCAGAAUUCUGGGGAGAUCAAGCAUACGCUGGAUGACCUGAACGCUCAGUGGGAGGAGCUAUACGAGAGGUCAGCUGAUAAGGGUCAGAAACUGCGGGAUGCCAUGCAGCAGAAGAUGCUAAACAGAGCCUUGGAAGAUGCUCAGGCUAAGUUAGAUGAGAUGGAGAAAAGUUUGGCAUCAGACGAUGUUGGCUCAGAUCUGCGAAGUGUUAAAGUUCUGCUUAAAAAACACCAGAUGCUUGAGACUGACCUUGCACUUUUGUCAGAAAACAUCCAAAGCAUUGUGUCCCAAGGUCAAUCCAUGGCCAAGGCCGGCCAUUUUGAUUCUGAUGGCAUUCUGAAGUCUGUGGAUUCCUUCAACAAACGGUUUGCGAAGUUGAAACCUGCCGCAUCUCGACGCAAGCAGAAAUUGCAGGAUUCGCUGAAAUGGCACCAAUUUAAUUACGAUGCUGAUAAUGAACUACAGUGGAUUAAAGAGCACCUGCCAGCUGCGUCCUCAACUGAUUAUGGCAAGAGCCUGACUGAUGCCCAGAACCUUAGCAUGAAGCACCAGAAAUUUAAUGGAGAACUACAAGGCCACCAGCCUGUGAUAGACAAAGUUCUGUCCACGUCAGACAAGCUGAUUGGGGAGAAACACUUUGCCUCUAAAUCUAUCAAAGACAAAGGGCAGCAACUACAGGUGGCUUGGGAUGACCUGUCGGACAAAUCCAAGAGAAGAAAGAAACAACUGGACAUGUCUCUACAAGCACAAAAGUACCUGUCCGAAGUGACAGAAGUGGAAGGCUGGAUUAAUGAUAAGAUGGCCAUCGUAGUGAGCACUGACUAUGGUAAAGACGAAAACGCUGCUGUCAAACUCCUCACCAAGCACAAGGCUCUGGAGACAGAUAUUCAUACCUAUAACAACAUCGUUAACAACCUGGGCAAAGAAGCCACUCGGCUCAUUAAGGCAGGCCAUAGUGACCCCAGCUUUAUUAGGAAGUCACAGGAUAACCUCCAUGACCAGAUGAACAAGUUGAAGCGCCUGGCCAAUGAGAGGCGGUCAAACCUGGAGCAUUCUGGGAAUGUUCACGAGUACAUUAGGGAGUCAGGUGACCUGGAGGAGUGGAUCAACGAGCAGAUGCAGAUGGCCACAUCAGAGGAGUAUGGCCAGGACUACGAGCAUCUCCAGUCCAUCUCCAGUAAGUUUGAUGAGUUCAAGCGGCGUGUCGAAGCAGGAACUGAGCGAUAUAACCAAUGUGAGAGACUGGCAACGAAAAUUGUGGAGAAGAAAAGUCCAUAUGCAGAACAGGUUCAAGAACGACAGGAGCAGUUAGGUGAGGCGUGGAAUGCUUUGUUGGAGAACAUCGAGGCAAGAGAUCAAAAGCUGAACGGAGCUGGAGAAAUCCACAGGUUUAACAAGGAUGUGGAGGAGGCUCUCACCAGAAUACAGGAGAAGUACUCCAGCAUACCUGAAGACUUGGGACGGGAUAUCAAUGCGACACAAAGCUUCCUCAAGAGACAUGAGGCAUUUGAAAAUGAACUUGUGGCACUGGAGGCUCAGCUCCAAAUACUGAUUGAUGACUCAGCUAGACUGCAAGCUAAUUAUCCUGGGGAGAAUGCAGAGCAGAUUGAACAGCUUCAAGCCACAGUGGUCGAGAACUGGGGUGUGUUACAGGAUCGGGCUGCUCAGAGGAAGGAAGAGCUUAUGGCUGCCGCUGAUCUUCAUCGAUUUAAUGCCUCGGUGCGCGAACUGCUAAGCUGGGCUGGAGAGACGGAGCGUGAAAUGGCCACCGACACCCAGGUCCGUGACGUACACAGUGUGGAGUUACUGAAAACUCGUCACGAUCAACUGAAGGCUGAGAUAGAAGCCCGGGAUGACACCUUCAACGCUAUUGUGCAAGCUGGUCAGGAGAUGGUUAACAAUGGUCACUUUGCCAGAGAGGAGAUCCGAGACAAGGUGGAGCAGGUGUUACAGGUGAGAGAGCAGCUGAGGGACACCUGGUCAGAGAAGCAGAAUCACCUUGAUCAGCUCCAUGACUUCCACCUGUUCCUCAGAGAUGCGGGACAGCUAGACACCAUUAGCCAGUCACAGGAGGCCUACCUAGGCAGCAGUGACUAUGGCUCAGCAGUUGACCAGGUAGAGAGUUUGAUGAGAAAACACACAGCCUUUGAGAAAGUGCUGGAAGGACAAGAGGAGAAGCUUCAAGCAGUGAAGCAUCAUGGUCUACAGCUGGUGAAUGACAAGCAUUUUGAGGGUCCAAAAGUCAAGGAAACCUUGGAUGUGGUUGUUGCAAGGAGAGAUAAAGUGAAGGAUUUAAGUGCUGAUCGUAAACGUAAGCUUGGGGAUAGUUUAUUGUAUGCCCAGUUCAACAGAGAUGUUAAUGAGACGGAAGGUUGGAUAGAUGACAAAGUGAAGGUUGCCAACGAGGACAACUUUGGUGAUGUGACAGACUUGUAUGACAAGAUGAAAAAGUUACAGAAACAUCAAGCGUUUGAGUCAGAGAUAAAGGCAAAUCAAGGCAGGCUUGAUAACAUCAAGAAGGUUGGAGAGCUCCUGCUAAAGAGAAGCCACCCUGCAUCUGGUGAUAUCAAACAGUGUGUCACUCGCUUGACACAGAAGUGGAACGACCUUCUCAAAGCCUCUGCCAAUAGAGGGCGGGGCUUGGAAGAGGCACGGGACAUUUUGGAGUUUAACGAACAAGUUGACAAGGUUGAAAUGUGGAUGAGGGAAAAGGAAAUUCUUGUGAGUGCUGGUGAGCUUGGCAGAGAUUAUGAACACUGUCUGGCUUUACAGAAAAAGACUAACAACCAGGAAUCUGCUGGAAUUACAGUCGAUGAGAAGAGAAUCAAAUCCAUCAACGACCUUGCCGACAAGCUCAUCACACAAGGUCGUUCAGACACCAGGGCCGUUAAACAGAAGAUCACUGGUCUGAACCAAAAGUGGAAGGAUCUACAAGGUGCACUGACCACAUACAAGAGCAAACUGGCUGCAGCGCUGGAGAUCCAUGCAUUUAACAGAGAUGUUGACGAUCUCAAUGACCGCAUCAGCGAAAAGGCUAAGCUUUUGUCCACGGACGACCUGGGUAAAGACCUGGCUGGGGUUCAAGCUCUGCAGAGGAAGCAGGAGGAGAUAGAUAGAGACAUGACUGCUCUGCAGAAUCAACUCGAGAAAAUUGAGACUCAGGCGGGUAAACUGUGCCGGAAAUUCCCUGACCUGGCAAGUUCCAUAACAACCAAACAACAGGAAGUGCAAGAUAAUUGGGAGAAGUUAGAGGAUCUGUCUGAUGCCAGGAAGAAAACUCUGGCUGCCUCGUACCAAUAUCACAAGUUUCAGUCCGAUGCCAAAGAACUGAUGACCUGGUCCAGUGAGAUGAUCAAGAGGAUGAGCUCAGGGGAACUAGCUAAAGAUGUGGCCGAGGCAGAGAACCUGUUACAGAUGCAUCAUGAGAGAAAGGCUGAAAUUGAUGGAAGACAGACUCACUUCACUGCUUGUCGGGAACACGGCAAAAAUCUGGUCAACGAAAACCACUAUGCAGCGGCCGAGGUACAGAAGGUGCUGAAACAACUGGAGCAGUCUAGAUUUAACCUGGUGAAUGCAUGGGACAAGCGAAGCAAGCUGUUGACUCAGUGUCAUGACCUACAGGUCUUCAAGGAGACUGCAGAUCAGGCUGAAGCUUGGUUGGCUGGAAAAGAAGCAUUCUUAUCCAAUGAAGAUGUAGGGGACAGUUCAUCUAGUGUGGAAGCUUUAGUCAAAAGCCAUGACGCCUUUGAAAUGACCUUGAGGGCCCAAGAGGAUAAGAUUGAAGAUCUCCAACAGUUUGCCAAAGAUCUGUGUGACCAAAACCAUUACGCGUCUGCUGAGAUCAUGGAGUGUUGUCAGCAGGUGAUUGACAGGCGCAACAAUCUGUGGAAGGCGUCUGACAGGAACCUAUAUGAGGUGUCUGGCUGGGUGAGCGAGAAAAUGCAGGUUGCAAUGGAUGAGUCUUACCGUGAUCCCACGAACCUCCAAGGAAAGCUACAGAAACACCAGGCCUUUGAGGCUGAGAUUAUUGCCAACAGGAACAGGGUUAAUGCUGUGACUGAGGAAGGAGAGGUUUUGAUCCAAUCUGACCACUAUGAAAAGGCUGACAUCAGGAAGAGACUGAACGAGUUGGAGCUCAGCUGGAAGGCUCUCUUAACCGCCAGCUCUGACAAGAAGGACAAAUUACAGGAUGCUCACAAGGCUCUGCUCUUUAAGCGGCUUGUCAGUGAUCUCAACACCUGGAUGGAGGAGGUGGAAAAUCAGCUGAUCUCGGAGGAUCAUGGGAAGGAUUUGACAUCUGUAACUAAUCUUCUAAGGAAACAUCAGCUUCUGGAACAGGACAUUAGUAACCAUGAAGAGAAAGUUCAGGAUGUGAUUGAAACUGCCCAGGUGUUCAAAGAGAACAAACACUUCAUGUACAAAGAAUUGACAGCUGAGGCCAAAGAAGUACAGGCCAAAUACGCCGCCCUGUCUGAACCCUGCACCAUUCGCAGAGACAACCUCGGUGACGCCCUACAUCUCUACAAGCUUUACCGUGACCUUGAGGACGAAAUUUCUUGGAUCAAGGAAAAGAAACCAUUGGCUGGUUCUAAAGAUCUUGGAACAACACUGUCAAAUGUCCAAAGCCUUGUCAAGAAACAUCAGGCAUUAGAAUCUGAGAUAAUGGCUCAUGAGCCCAUGGUAGAUGCAGUAGCAUCUACUGCCCAAGGCAUGAUCCGCAGCAAGCACUUUGCUGCAUCAGACGUGCAGGCUAGGCUGAACGAACUGCAGUCUGAAAUGAAAAGUUUGAAAGACAUGGCUUCAGAGAGACGAGCUAAACUCCAGGAGUCUCUAGAAGUGCAAAAGUUUUAUUCCGAAAUUGCUGAAGCGGAGUCUUGGAUGAGAGAAAAGCAGCCCCUGUUAACCAGCAGUGACUUAGGAAAAGAUGAAGAUUCCGUUCAGGCAUUGUUGAAGAAACUUGAUGCUUUGGACCGAGAUAUUGACAACUUUGGUAACAACAUCGGGGAGCUUGCUGCUCUGAGCCGAACUCUGCUGGAUAAAGGUCAUUAUGACCUGAACAACAUUCAGAAACAACAGAACAACAUAGAACAGCAGUACAGUGAGCUUCAAGACAUGGCAACAAGGAGACGAGUCAAACUGAAUGACAGCCUUAAACUGUUCGAAUUUUACCGGGAAGCAGAUGACACCAUUGACUGGAUUUCUGACAAAGGUGUCAUAGCGUCUUCUGAAGAUUACGGUGAAGAUUUGGAACAUGUAGAGAUUUUACAACAAAAGUUUGAAGAUUUCAUCCGAGAGCUCAACAGUGGAGAAGAGCGAAUAGCUGCCAUCAAUAAUACGGCCACCACAAUGUGCAAUGCUAAACAUUUUGAGACCAAUAAUAUUGAGAAACGAAGAAAUGAAAUCAAUCAGAUGUGGUCAGAAUUGAAAGAAGUAGCUCAUGCUCGGCAAGAGGCGCUGACGGGAGCCAAACAGGUACACAUGUACGGAAGAGACGCAGAUGACACCCUGAACUGGAUCCAGGAGAAAGACGGAGUGGUAUCGACUGACGAUUACGGCCAUGAUCUAGAGAGUGUACAAGCACUUAAUAGCCGGCAUGAAGGACUCGAGCGAGAUUUGGCAGCCAUUAGCGACCAGGUGGAAGCCAUCACGAAGGAGGCAGAGCGUUUGAUUGGUCUGUUCCCUGAUGCUCAGGAGCACAUCGCCACCAAACAUGAGGAGAUGGUGCAGGCCUGGAAUAACUUGGUGGAGAAGGCCACGCUGAGGAAGGACAAGCUACAGCAGGCUGAGCAAAUACAGAUGUACUUCAAUGACUAUAGGGAACUCAGCGCCUGGUGUAGUGAGAUGAUGGCUCUAAUCACUGGGGAUGAGUUAGCCAGAGAUCUUCCAGGGGCGGAGUUCCAGCUGACACGCCACAAGGAGAGAAAGGCGGAGAUUGACAGUCGUAAAGAACAAUUCCAGAAUUUCCAUCAGACUGGCCAGGCCUUGAUCAACAGUGGACACUUCCUGUCUGGGGAGAUCAAGGAGAAGAUAAAGCUGCUGAAUGAGUACUGGCAGGCGUUGAUGAAGACUUGGUCACAGAGACAAGUGCUGUAUGAACAGAACCUUGAGGCUCAGCAAUUCAAACAUGAGAUGGACUUACUGGAUGCUUGGCUAAAUUGCCGAGAGCCUAUGUUGCGAGAAAAAUACUACGGAGAUUCCAUUGAAACUGUUGAGGAGCUUUUACGUCGCCAUGACGAUUUUGAAAAGACAGUGUCAGCACAGGAAGACAAAUUCACUGCACUGAACAGAAGACAUUUGAUGACCAGAAAGUGUUUUGAGAAGCAGAGACUGUUAGAAGAUGAGGCCAGGAGAGAGAAAGACCGACUGGAAGAGAUCAAGAGAAAGGAACAAGAGCGUAUUUUGGAAGAGAGACGUAGAGAAGAGGAGCAGAAGAAGGCACGUGAUGUUCUUCUGAAGAAACAGAAAGAUGAGGAGGGCUCUGAGACCGAUGAUGAAAAGUCAAAGAAUGAGGAAGAGAGCAAGAAGCUCAAUAAGUCCAUGGUGAAGUCUUUGAUUGGACGAUCUCAAACCUUCAAAGCCACAACAAAAGGGGAGGGUCCCCAGCGCGAGGUGAAACGUGCGUUCAGCUUUAGAAGCCAAACAGAACCCAUUGCUCCUGUCAAACUUCAGAAAGCUGCUGAAUUCCGCCGCAGUGGUUCCCUCGAUCCGGAAGGGAAUGCAGAUGGUAAAUUUGUCCCAACAUCCCCUGAGGCUGUGGUCGAUGAAGUCACAACCCAGGGAGACGACUCUUCAUCCCCACCCCAGUCUCCCCGCGAACAGCUACAGGAUGAAUCUUUUGAUAGUGUCAGAAGUGAAACACCUCCGCCUAUUGCUUCCUCCCCGCCAACGGCACCUCUACCCCGUGAAGCUCAGCAAGAGGAGUCUGCAGUAGAAAGGAAACAAAAACCAAGUAACAUCCCCACGCACAACAACAACAAUGAUGACGGCGCAGGCAUGGAUGCAUCGUCACGACCCAUGACACCUCCUCUCUCAAGUCCAGGGCUUGAGAAGAAGCAAGCUUUGAAAACACCCACAAGCCCGGUGAUGAAGCGUAGUGAUGAUAUUAGAUAUGAAGACCAGAAAAAAACUAAAAGGACUCCCAGCUUUACAUUACGGAGGAAGGCACACAGUUUCAAGGACAAGUACAAGCUACCUGCUGGUUUGCCUCCAGCUGAGAUUGAAGGAUUCUUGGAAAGGAAGCAAGAGUUACAAUCUGGGGGAAAGAAGGCCACUAUCCGCUCGUGGAAAAACAUGUACACAGUCCUUUGCGGACAGCUUCUCUGCUUCUUUAAAGACAAAGAUGGUUUUGCAGAAAGCUACGCCAUUGCUCCUCCUCUAAACAUCCACAACUCAAAGUGUGAAAUAGCAUCAGAUUAUACCAAAAAGAAGAACGUGAUGCGGCUUCAUCUUGCAGAUGGAGCAGAGUAUUUAUUUGAGGCCAGCAACCAGACUGAGAUGCUACAGUGGUGUGAAAAGGUCAACAACCAAUCAGCUUUACCUCCCCUUCAUAACGAUGAGGACUUGAAUAUUUGUCAGGAGGCAGAAUCUGAACAAAGAGCUUUACCACCAGAAGAAGUUCUAAAACAGACAAGGUCGCCAUCAUCGGCCCAUGAUUCCGAGGAAAUGGUACAACAUCGUAGUGGAGAUGCAUCCCCACCGCAUCAUGGUGACAUGCCUCACCAUGGCGAUGGACAUCCAGUACCUGCGAGUCGUGGAAGAGCGUUGUCAAGCACCCCAGAAAAGCCUGAAUACCAGAAAUCUCCUGCUGAAAGAACACCUUUUUCACGUACAGACCAGUCUGUACACGAUCGCAGCGGGAGUGAAAUUAGCAUGCCAUCAGAUGAUGACACCCCUCCUUUACCGCAGUCAUCUGCCCCACCGGGUAGACUCAAUGUGUCUCGAGACAGCGAUGAUGCUGAUUGGCAGGCGAGAGAUUCAGAUGAAUCAGAUGAAGUAAAGAUGCGUUCAAAAUCCUCCACUUUUCCUUCCACAAGACCAGCCUCAGAUUCGGCAGCCAUGGGUUAUGACCAGCACAAACAUGAGAAAGAGAAGAAGAGAGGAAGUAUGUUCGGAUUUCUAAAGAAGUCCAAGAAGGAAAAAGGAGAAAAAGAUCACAAUAAGGAACACAAAAAAGACAAAGCUGAGAAAUUAUAAUUCUACAUCCGCCAAGAGUUCAACCUCAAAUUAAAAUUCAUUGCCCAUAUUAGCAGAAGUGAAAACGGGGUUAGUUUGUAAAUGUUUUAUUUCAUAAUGUGAGCAGAAUUCAGAAUUUCCAUGACAUUCACUGCUAUCAAAAUGGACCACGUAUCUGUUUGCAUUUGGUAAAAACUGAAUUCUGAUUUUGAAUGCUUCCAUUUCUGGUUGUGGUCCAUUGUUUAGCUCUGCUGAUAUUAACACAACGAUAUGCUUAGCUGUGAUUUGGGUUGUGACGGGCUUUACACAAGCCUACAUUGUUUUAAUAAGCAUAGAAGCUAAGGUGACUUCCAUUUUGUUGUUUUUCCUUCUGAAUUUCUUUAAAUCAUGGUAGAUUUGAGCUAGUAGUGAUGUGGUAAGACGUGAUUUAGUAUUUUUUCAUCACACAUAUUUGUAUACACAUAUUUGUAUACACAUAUUUGGAUACACAUAUUUGUAUACACAUAUUUGGAUACACAUAUUUUUUUUCCUGUUGUUCGAACAAAUGUAUGACUACAAGCAUGUAUUUCAUUGAGAAAUAGGCUGUCUGUACUACAACAUAUUUGCCAAGAAGAUAUUUUUUUUUUCUAAUGCCUAAUUUUUCAUAAUACUUCAUAUUUAAUUGUGCAUAUUACAUUCUCAUGACGGUUAAAUUAUAACAGCAUAAUUAAAAUGAUGUACUGUUGACAUCAAGCCUUUAUCAUUUUAGACAGAUUUUCAUUGUUAUUUUAUUUUGUUUUAAACACUUUUGAAGUAUACAAUUGUUGAAUAUAUUCUUUGAAUUUAUGCUGUGAAUAGAUUUUGCGUCUGGGUUAAACCCUGGUAUCGUGGACUUGCCUGUUUCUCAACUCCCCUGCGCAUUUAAUCACAUUCUGCAGAGUUUUUUUUUAUCGGUAUUCUUCAGCAAUAUUUAUCUCAGGGUUGGUUGUGAACAAAUAGGAGUAGAAACUGAAUUAACGUCUUCUUACUAAGCCAGGAAAACCGUUUGCAUUUGGUAUUUUCUCCUCUAUUCAAAGAACAAUUAACACAUGCAUCAUAUCACAGAACAAAUAAAAGAUGUUGUCACUUUAUAUUGUUAAUGUCCAUUGUUUUAAGUGCUUUAAAUCAUGUUCCAUUGUAAAUAGCUGAGUCAUUAUAUUCUUGUUUUUACAUAGCAACUGCUUCCAUGGCAACUGUGGACAAGUAGGUCACAAGAAUCAGCUGAUUUAGUUUAGUCUCUUAGGGUUUUUUUUCUUCUGUUUAUAAGAGAGAUACACUUUCUGAAGUGUAUAAACCUUGUUAAAACCUUUGUCUUUAGAACAUGAAUUGUUAUCUUUGUUAUAUUAUGUCCAUGUAGAUAUCUGUUGUGGAGAUAUGCCAUUGGUUUUUUAACUAACAAAACAUUGUCGCAAAUUCUUACGUACAUAGCGUGUGAUAUACAUGUAAUAACUACUGUUAAUUCUUGUACAUACCAAAACAGAGAAAGUUAUACUGUAUUGCUACACAGCAAUGCCUUCAUCUACAUGUAUAACAGCUGUAUACCGUUUACAAAUAAAUAUCGCUUCUAUACAUAUA